CUCAGCAAAACGACAAUCUGAAGACAGCAGACAGCAUGAUCCUGGUCGAUAUUGACGAUGUACCUGAAGCUCCAGUCUUUUCCAGUGCCCUGUAUUCAUCCCAGAUCUACAGUAUUUCCCCUUACAAGUUCCCCGUAGUUGCGGUCAAGGCCACUGAUCCAGAUGUGGGUGACACUGAGACUCUGCAGUACUCCCUGGUGGAGCCCAGCACUGCGUUUGCUGUAGAGCCCUCUAGUGGCCAGGUGUAUGUAGUGUCUGCUGCAGCUGAGAUCAGGGAGGUGACAGUGCGGGUGAAGGUGGAGGACAGAUUGGGGCUUCAUGCCGUCACCACAGUGGAGAUAACAGUGUUGCAGAGUGACAGUAACAACGUGGCCGUUCUGACUCUCAACAAGGCAGCCAAGACCGUAGAGGACAGCAUCCCUGAAGUGGAAACGGCAUUGGGAAGGGCACUGAGUUGGACCAUAAAGGUUCUGAGUGUCACCAGUAACACUUCCCUCUUCAGGAGAGAAGCAGCCUCCACAACACUCGUCAACUUCCUCGCAAUGCAACCCGGCAGCACACAACCCAUCUCAAAUGAGCAGAUUAUCCAGCGUCUGGAGACUGAGGGUGAACGUGUGAAUCAGGAACUGAGUGCAGUGUUUGGUCCUGGGCUGGAGGUGGGUGUAGGGGAAGGGCCUACAGGGGGAAACCUGAGCGCAGACAGCCAGCCCACCAUCAUCACACUGGGGGUGUUGCUGGGCAUAUUCAUAGUUUUGCUGCCCAUCACUGCUGUGGUAACAAACAAGCUGGCCAAAAGACGACAAGGUGUCAGCCUGUUUUCGGACGAUCAGGACGCAGUGACUCAACUGUAG